CCCAUCCCGACCUCUCCCUGACCCCGCUCACCCUUUCCAACCCCGGGCCUCUGUCACUUUAAAAUUUACUGCGGAGAGUAGUCUCUGCUUUCCGGGGACAUACAUGUGUAAAGACAGUCUCCCUGCUUGGAGUCCCCUCUCCUUUUUUCUUUUUUUAUAAUAAGGAUGGAUCAUCCUUUAUUUUUUCUUUUCUCUCUUUUUUUUUUUUUUUUGAAUGAGAAACAUCACACACAAGUAUCCGCGAGGCGCAAAGUAGGGAGGCGAUGCCUGAAAUCUCCCCUCCACCCCCCACCCCGAAUAUCUCCGCUAUCACACAGACGACACAUCCCGACUGGCUGAAGAGGAGGAGGAGGAGGUGGUGGAGGGGGGGAGGAAGAGAAAAAUGAAAAGUUGAAUGGCUACUAGAAGACACCUGGUUGCGUCAGGACAGGAGGGGUGACAAGAGAGGAGCGGACGAGCCUUUCGAAGCGCACCGCUGCGAGAGAAAAAAAAGUUAGGAUCAAGUUGAUGCACCGGAGGGGAUUUCAGUUCCGACGUCUGCGGGACAGCGAGGGGAAAAGCGCGGAGUCGGCGCUGUCUGUGAGACAGUGUAGUGAGAAGGGAUUUACUUUUACCGAGCGAGCCGUGUGUGAGAGACAGCACACAGACACACACACAGACAGCGAGACAAGUCGACUCGUCCCGCGGAUUGGAGACCUGAAGAGACCGAAAAACAACCGCACAGCGAUCUUUUUUUUUUUUCUUUUAAUGUGUCAAAAAAUCUGGAGAAGUCGUCAUUAGCAAAAAAAAUAUUUUUCUACUUUUAUUUUUAAUUCCCAGGGCGAUGUUUUUGUAUUUUUAUUUUUUUUUACGGUGUCACUUUUUACUCAGUUAACCACCGCUGUUAUUAUCCCAAGAGGCUCAAAGUGUGGCACGCCAGUUUAAAAAAAACGAGUCACCACGAUCUUGGAUGGGUCAGGCCAUGUAAAAUUCUGCGUGGAUGCCAGCAAACCAGAUAUCGGGAGCUGGCUGAAGCACAUCCAGUUUGCCCCUGCAGCCAAGCAGCACAACCUGACAGCGUGCCAGAUAGAUGAUCAGAUAUUCUACAAAGUCACCAGAGAGAUUUUUCCUGGCCAGGAGCUGCUACUUUUCAUGAAGGCUGAAGAGUAUUCAUGUGAUACGAUGGCUCCUGAUAUUCAUGAGGAGAGGCAGUACCGCUGUGAGGAUUGUGACCAGCACUUUGAGUCCCGAAACCAGCUGCUGGACCACCAGAAGAAGCCGUGUGGGAUGCCCCCCUCCUCAUUCCUGAACCCAGGAGGCGACAAUGACCUGAAAGCCCAAGAACCUCAAGACUUGCGACCCCUCCACAUGUCCCAAGGACUACACGAAUGUAAAGAGUGUGACCAGGUCUUCCCUGAUGUUCAGAGCCUGGAGGCCCACAGCUUGUCCCACAGUGAGGAGAGAGAAUAUAAGUGUGACCAGUGUCCCAAGGCCUUCAACUGGAAAUCGAACCUGAUCCGACAUCAGAUGUCGCACGACAGUGGCAAGCACUACGAAUGUGAAAACUGCUCAAAGCAGGUGUUCACAGACCCCAGUAACCUCCAAAGGCACAUUCGCUCGCAGCACGUCGGGGCGCGUGCUCAUGCCUGUUCUGAGUGUGGCAAGACGUUUGCAACGUCUUCAGGCCUCAAACAGCAUAAGCACAUCCACAGCAGUGUCAAGCCCUUCAUGUGUAAGUCACUAAGACCCUACCUAUGUGAAGUCUGCCACAAGUCCUACACCCAGUUCUCUAACCUUUGCCGCCACAAACGCAUGCACGCUGACUGCCGCACACAGAUCAAAUGUAAGGACUGUGGGCAAAUGUUCAGCACCACCUCUUCCCUCAACAAGCACCGGCGCUUCUGUGAAGGGAAGAACCACUUCACAGCAGGAGGGCUGUUUGCCCAGGGUAUGCCACUCCCUGGGGCCCCCGGCUUGGACAAAUCAGCUCUUGCAAUGGGUCACAGCAGUGCAGGACUUGCUGAUUAUUUUGGGGCUAGCCGACAUCACAGCGGACUUACGUUCCCUGCUGCCCCAGCAUUUCCUUUCAGCUUCCCUGGCCUGUUCCCCUCUGGACUUUAUCACCGGCCGCCACUCAUUCCUGCCACAACUUCUCCUGUCAGACAGCCAUCCCACGCACCUGUUGCUGGACCUGGAGUAGAGCUGAGCAAGAGUCCUUUGCUGCCUCCAAGCCCUGGUGCUCAGGAGUCUCAAGAACUUCUCAAAGCUCUCCGCAAAGACGGCGGUUCACCUGGAAGUCAAAUGCCAGUGUCAGACAGCCAGGGCUCAUCCUAUACCAAGCAAAAGAACAAGCAGAGUGACCAGUCUGAAAGCAGCGACCUGGAUGAUGUCAGCACACCCAGUGGAAGUGAUCUAGAGAGCACGUCAGGCUCCGAGCUCGAAAGCGACAUGGACAGUGAGAGGGAGAGGGGGGCUGCUCGAGAAAACGGAAAAGGUCCAAAGAGGAAGGCCAGUGAAGGAGGCCCUCAAAGCCCCGGCCUGAUGGGCAGCAUCGCUGCUAAAGACUUUCCAGGCCCUUCCCUCAUCCCGUCCCCGCUGGACGAACACACAGCUGUAACAGGAGCUGUGAAUGACUCUAUUAAGGCCAUUGCCUCAAUUGCCGAGAAGUAUUUUGGCUCCACUGGGCUAGCUGGCCUACAGGACAAGAAGGUUGGGUCUCUUCCCUAUCCUUCUAUGUUUCCACUGCCUUUCUUCCCAGCGUUCUCCCCUCCGGUUUACCCCUUCCCAGACAGAGACCUCAGAACUGCAGGCCUGAAGGGGGAGCCACAAUCACCUGCAGAUGACUGCAAGAAGGCCCAAGGGAAGUCUUCAUCCGAGUCCCCAUUUGACCUCACCACCAAGCGAAAGGAGGAAAAGUUAGCAUCCUUUGCAUCUUCCAAACCAGAAAUGGCCCAAUCUAUGGGUCAGGAUCAGCCACUAGAUUUGAGCCUUGGGGCCAGGGGCCGUGGGCGUAAUCCAAGAGAGGAGGAGACGAAAAAGAAUCCAAAUUACGAAGAGGAGAAAGGAGUGGUGGAGAUCCCAAAAGCAGACACUUCCUUACAACAUGCUAGGCCCACCCCUUUCUUCAUGGACCCCAUCUAUAGCAGGGUUGAGAAGAGGAGAAUGAGCGAUCCGUUUGAGACUCUGAAAGACAAGUACAUGCGACCCGCUCCGGGCUUCCUUUUCCAUCCACAGUUUCAUUUGCCAGAUCAGAGAACUUGGAUGACUGCAAUCGAGAACAUGGCAGAGAAGCUGGAAACGUUUGGCUCCUUGAAGCCAGAGCCUGGUGACCUGCUGCGCUCGGUUCCCUCCAUGUUUGACUUCAGAGCUCCGCCCUCGGCGCUUCCCGACACGCUACUGCGCAAGGGAAAGGAGCGCUACACAUGCAGAUACUGUGGAAAAAUAUUCCCUCGCUCUGCCAACCUGACACGCCACCUGAGGACUCACACAGGAGAGCAACCGUAUAGGUGUAAGUACUGUGACCGCUCCUUCAGCAUCUCCUCCAACCUACAACGUCACAUUCGCAACAUCCACAACAAGGAGAAGCCGUUUAAGUGCCACCUGUGCGACCGCUGCUUCGGUCAGCAGACAAACCUGGAUCGCCACCUCAAAAAGCACGAGAACGGCAAUCUGUCAGGAACUGCAAUGUCGUCCCCACAGUCUGAACUGGACAGCAGCAGCGCCAUACUGGAUGACAAAGAGGACUCUUAUUUCAACGAAAUAAGAAAUUUUAUCAGCAACACAAGCCAGAACCAGACAUCACCGGACCCCUCAGAGGAAGGGCUAAAUGGUGGUCCAUUUGAAGAAGAAAAGCCACUGAUGGCCAGCCAUAGGUCACAUGACCUGGAAGAUGAGGAAGCGGAAGAGUUAGGUGCGGAUGAAGAAGAAGGGGAGGAGCCUAGCAACACCCCUGAAAAAUCAGAAAGCAAGGUGCUCCAAAGCGACCUCGGUGAUCCCAUCAUACAAGACGAAAUGGACUUGAGUGAGCCAAAUGACUUGAAUCUCAGCUGUAAAACUUCUCCAAGGAGGUAUAAAGAUGAGGAGGAGCAGAGCAGCUACUCAGCCUUGGAUCACAUCCAUCGCUUUACUGAAAUGCGCAAGCUGGACGAGAGCGAACUGAGUGACGGAGAUGGGGAUGGGGAUGAGGAGGACGGCUCAUUUGGUUCCCCAUCUCUGACUGAGGCAGUCAAACAGCCGCUCUUUAGGAAAUCAAAGUCUCAGGCUUAUGCCAUGAUGCUGUCCCUGGCUGAAAAGGACACUCUUCACCCAGCUACCCACACCCCAGCCACCAUGUGGCACAGUCUGGCACGGGCUGCCGCUGAAUCCAGUGCCAUCCAAUCCCUCAGCCAUGUAUGAUGACACCUCUUUGCACCUACCUUUUCAGCUCUCAACCCGACCCUGAUCCACCUAUGGCACUGGCAGUCCAUUGCAGGGGCUAUUUUGCAGGAAUCCCUGAUUGUCCACAGAGUGACUGCUGAGCAGGAACCACAGCCCACCCGACUGCUGAGUGAGGCGCCUUACCCCCAAAACACGGCAACUGCCCAUGCAAAAUCCAUCCCAACCCAAGCCCCCCCCC